CAAACAUUCGUUGCCAGAAUAUCCGCAAAAGUGGCUCCAGUUGUUUUACUAUUUUUGCGGUUUUUUCGUUAACAAAACACUUAAAAAAUGGCACUAGCGAUGAAAAGACCUCUUCCGGAGCCAACGCAAACCAUAAUGGAACCGGCACCGGCGGUGGUAACUCAGCAGCUGUUGGGACCAUCAACGAGCAGCAACACGGCCCGCAUCUACAAGCGUAUCCGGUUGACGGCCCGCAAAACCGUUGGCGUUCCGGUUUCGAUUCUGGCCUACGUCAAUCUUCUGGAAGAUGCCAGCAAUAGCAAUGACGCGUUGCAGAUUUUGAUAAAAAUCUCGGACGCGAUGCAAUUCGACGAGAGCGAAUUCCCGGAAGCGGUCCGCAAGCUGGUGGAGCAUUUUCAGCGGGAACCGGAAUCUGCGGUGCGAGUUAAAAUACUGGCUCUGUUUGGUGAUUUGGCAGCCGAAACGGGAAUCGAUUGCCCGGGGCUGAUUGAUGAGGUGAUCGGGUUGCUCAAACAGGAACCAUCGGCUAAGGUUAUUUCGCAAGGGUUGCAUACGUUGGCUAGGAUUGGCCGGGCCAUCGUUCCGUCGGUGGCUUACAUCAAUAAGAUGGUGUUUUUUGCCAAGAGCAAGCUGUUUUCGCCUAGUUACAACGUACAGAGGCAUGCUAUUCUGCUGCUCGGAUUAUUUGUGCUGGUUUCGGAUGCAGAAAAAGAAAGUUUGGAGCUGGUGGGGAAGUAUACGGAUUCGUCAGAUGCCAGGGUGAGGGCACAGGCUUUCCGAUCGAUGCUGACGUUGGGUGAAAGAGGAGUUGAGCUACCAGCUGCUUUGUAUGCAAGGGCAUGUCGCUCACUGACAGACGAUUAUGAAUGCGUUAGGAAAGAAGCAUUGCAAAUGAUAUUUGAACUGGGCCAGAGGCAUCCCGAAGAGCCAAUCAAGGUUCCGGAUUCAGAUCAGGAGAUUCGAUUGGUUGAUGAUGCUUUCGGAAAAGUUUGCAAUGCGAUUUCAGAUCUGUCGCUACAUAUAAGGACGCAAGCAGCUGAGUUGCUGGGAGAGAUGACUUUAGUUAGCGAUAAGUUUCUUCAUCAAACUUUAGACAAGAAGUUGAUGAGCAACAUGCGAAAGAAGAAAAGUUUGCACGAACGCAAUGCAGAACAUUUUACAAGCGGUGAAUGGUCCAGUGGUAAAAAAUGGGCAGAUGAUGCCCCGAAGGAGCUUGUAAAUGCAGAUUCGGUGUCUCUGAUGGCUUCAGGUGCUUGUGGAGCUUUAGUACAAGGACUGGAGGAUGAGUUCAUGGAAGUCAGAACAGCUUCCGUCAACUCAAUGUGUAAAUUGGCUCUGAAGAAUCCUUUAUUCGCAGUCACGUCUUUGGAUUUCUUAGUGGACAUGUUUAACGAUGAAAUCGAAGAUGUUCGACUUCGAGCAAUCUACAGCUUGACUGCAAUUUCGAAACAUAUAAUCUUGAGAGAAGAUCAGCUAGAAACCAUGUUGGGCGCCUUGGAAGACUAUUCAGUUGAGGUACGAGAAGGUCUUCAUCUGAUGUUGGGAGCUUGUAAAGUGUCAACAAAAAAUUGUCUUUCACUGGUGGUGCAGAAAAUCCUGGACGUUCUUUUAAAGUACCCCGAAGAUCGACUCUCUACUUUCGGGUGUAUGCAAAGAGUCGGACAAAAACAUCCUGAAAUAUGUAUGAUCCUCACUCCAAAGUUGCUUCAGGAUCAUCCUUUCUUUGAUAGUGCCGAGAGAGAUGUUGAAGACCCCUCGUAUGUCUGUGUCCUAAUCAUGUUGUUUAACGCAGCUCAACAUCUUCCCCCGAUGUUAAGCCUCUUCCCGGAGACAAUCGUCAAACAUUACGCCUAUCUCCGUGACACAAUGCCAAAUUUUGUACCCCCUCUAAACAUCGGUGGAAGAUCGAUAGAACUCAAACUUACCGGAUCAACAGGCUCCCGGCAAUUCCUUGAGACUCUCCUCCACAAUGUCCAACUUUCUUACACAGCACCUCGAUCCCGUUUGGACCUCCUAAAAACAGCUCAAGAAAAUCUCGAUCGACUAGCAGAAAUCGAUCCUGCUUUUUCAGGAACCGCAAACUUCACAGCAGUCUUUCUCGGAACACAACUACUGAUGGAACAACUUCACGAGGCCACCACCGGACAACCGACCCAAACUCCACUCAAAGAUUCCUUGACCCAGCUCAUUCGCAAGUGUCUCAAGUUACAGAACCUCUUUUCCCACCUAACCCUAGACGAUCAACUGCUGGUGAAACAGAUCUGUCUCCGGGCCAGUGCUCUCAAUCUGGUGCUGGUGGUCAAAGAUCGAUCGCAGAGUGCCCUGGGGCCCUGUCAGUUGUUGCUACACAUAGCUGCCGAUGCCAGUAGCUUCCUGCAGGAGAACAGCACCCUGGUAGCGGACUCGUUUACCAGUGCACUGCUA